AUGUUAUUGCGGAAAAAAAAAAAUAUCAAAGGAAGAGAGGAUACUAUAGGGUUAGGCGAAACUGAAGAGAUUCCACCUCAAGAUGCCGAUAUGGAUAAUAGAAAUGAGAUUGAGGACUUGGAUGAUAAUGUUCAAGAAAUAAUUUCUGAGUUUAUUAAGAAGAAAAAGAAAGAGAAUAAGGAUGACAAAGUUCCCAAGACAAUUAUUAAGGGCAUCUCAAAAUAUGUGCUAGGAAUUAGCUCGUUCCUUACAGAAGAAGAGAACCAUCACAAGAAAGAAGUUCUAGGAAUCCGUGAUAAGGAUAUUCCACUAAUAGUGAAUAGUGAAUCCUUAGAAAGCGUUGUCGCUUCACAUCUGUUACAAGAAUUGGGCAUAAGGAUUGAGCGCCCAUCAGUAGUGAAUAUGAUUAAUAUUCAUGAAGAAAGUAAACGUGUGAUAGGGGAAAUUUCUAACUUCCCUUUUUCUGUGAGUAGAAUAGAAAUCCCUAUCAACAUUAUCAUCACUGACGCCACCUUUUACUGUGCCAUUGUUAGUAAUGAUUGGCUUGCUAAAGUUAAUGCUGCCAUCAACUGGAACUCAUCUGAUAUGACUAUCUAUUGGGAUGAUAAGGAGAUUACGGUGCCAGUUAAGUUUCGGAAGAUGACAAGAGCCUCAUUAGAAAAAGAAAGGAUGGUGGCUCAAAAAGAAGAAGAUCAAUGUAUAGCAGAUCUUUUUGAUUACUGCUAUGAAAAUGAAACCUAG